AUGAGUAACUCUGAACAAGACUGGAAAUCACAAUUGAAUAUCCCUAAAAAAGAUACAAGACCACAAACAGAAGAUGUUUUGAAUACAAAAGGUAACACUUUUGAAGAUUUUUAUUUAAAGAGGGAACUAUUAAUGGGUAUUUUUGAAGCUGGUUUUGAAAAACCAUCACCUAUCCAAGAAGAAUCUAUUCCUGUUGCCAUUGCAGGUAGAGACAUUUUAGCAAGAGCUAAAAAUGGUACAGGUAAAACUGCUGCAUUCGUGAUUCCAACUUUAGAAAAAGUGAAAUCUAAGAUUAACAAAAUACAAGCCCUAAUAAUGGUCCCAACAAGGGAAUUAGCAUUACAGACAUCUCAAGUAGUGCGUACCCUGGGUAAAAGAUGUGAAAUAUCUUGUAUGGUAACUACCGGUGGUACCAAUUUAAGAGAUGAUAUUAUUAGAUUAAAUGAAACUGUACAUAUAUUAGUCGGUACUCCAGGUAGAGUAUUAGAUUUAGCCUCUAGAGGUAUUGCUGAUUUAUCCGGAUGUGGUCUUUUCAUCAUGGAUGAAGCUGAUAAAAUGUUGUCCCGUGAUUUUAAAUCUAUUAUUGAACAAAUUUUAACUUUCUUACCAGAACAACACCAAUCACUAUUAUUUAGUGCUACUUUCCCUUUGACAGUGAAAGAGUUCAUGGUUAAACAUUUACAUAAACCUUAUGAGAUUAAUCUGAUGGAUGAACUAACAUUAAAAGGUAUAACACAAUAUUAUGCAUUUGUUGAAGAAAAGCAAAAAUUACACUGUUUAAACACUUUAUUUUCAAAGUUACAAAUUAAUCAAGCUAUUAUCUUCUGUAAUUCUACAAACCGUGUCGAAUUGUUAGCCAAAAAGAUUACUGAUUUGGGUUUUUCAUGUUACUAUUCUCAUGCCAGAAUGAAGCAACAAGAAAGAAACAGAGUGUUUCACGAAUUCCGUCAUGGCAAAGUCCGUACUUUGGUUUGUUCUGAUUUAUUGACUCGUGGUAUUGAUAUUCAAGCUGUGAACGUUGUCAUCAAUUUUGAUUUCCCAAAGACUGCUGAAACUUAUUUACAUCGUAUCGGUAGAUCUGGUAGAUUUGGUCAUUUAGGUUUAGCAAUCAAUUUGAUCAACUGGAAUGACCGUUUUAAUUUAUAUAAGAUCGAACAAGAAUUAGGUACAGAAAUUGCAGCCAUACCAACUACUAUUGACAAAUCAUUAUAUGUCGCUAAUGAUAAUUCCGCUGUUCCAGUACCAUUCCCAAUCGAACAGCAACUAAUCCCUCAGAAUUUACCACCACAACAACAAUUACCUUUACCACCUCAAAUGAAUGCCCACUUCAAUACCAUGAACCAACAGCAAUUCCAAAUGCAACAACAACCAUCACCACUACAACAACAACAACAACAACCUCAGCAACCACAACAACCUCAGCAACAAUUCCAACAACCUCCACAACAAUUUCAACAAUACCCACAGCAAGGUAUGCCGAUACAGGCACCACAACACCCGCAAUUUUAA